AUGACAUCUCAAUUCUUCCUAAAAACAUCCCAAGAUAUAGAGCUCUUUCAAAGCUACCCUUCUUUUGAGCAAUCCAACACAAACUCCAAGGAUUUCCCAGUCAUUUCCUCGGUUUUAUCGCCAUGUGGAAGAUUUUUGGCUUUAUCUACGAAAGAGAAAGUUAAAGUUUUCACAGGACCAUGUUUUGAUAUUGUUUUAUUAACGAUGAAGUUAACCGACGUAUAUGAUCUGCAUUUCUCCCCUGCAGGGAAUUAUUUGAGCACCUGGGAAAGAGCGUCCGUACAAGACCCAAAUCACAGGAAUGUCAAAGUGUGGUAUUUGAAUAAACCAUUCAAGAAAGACUGCACUCCAGAAGACAUAACCCCCGCUUAUGAAUACCAAGCCAAAUCCCAGAACGGCUGGUUUUUGCAAUUUUCAAAAUUAGACAAUUAUGCACUAAGACUUUUCAAACACGACUUGAAGAUCGUAAAGCUAGGUUCAGACAACGCCGAAAAUUUCGACUUCCAAUCGCCAUUUGCUGUCUUAUCUGAUAGUGAAACUUCCCAACAUUUCACGACUUAUUUGAUUUCUCCAGCAGAACAUCCAACAAUUUGUACGUUCACGCCAGAAAAGGGUGGCAAGCCAGCUCAAUUAACCAUAUGGGCGCUCUCUGAAGGUAAGAUUACUAAAAAAAUUGCUGCCAAAACUUUCUUCAAAGCCGACUCCUGCCAGCUAAAAUGGAAUCCAUUAGGUAAUGCUAUUUUAUGUUUAGCAAUUACUGACUUUGACUCCUCAAAUAAAUCAUAUUAUGGUGAAAACACACUAUACCUACUAUCUUUCCAAGGUGUCAAUGGUACUUUGGGAGGUAACUCCGUGCGUGUUUCUUUGACCACUGGUCCUGUCCACGAUUUUACUUGGUCUCCAACCUCAAGGCAAUUUGGUGUCAUUGCUGGUUAUAUGCCAGCCACCAUUUCCUUCUUCGAUUUAAGGGGUAAUGUCGUUCAUUCACUACCACAACAAGCGAAAAACACGAUGCUUUUCUCUCCCUCUGGUCAUUACAUCCUUAUUGCCGGCUUUGGUAACUUGCAAGGUUCCGUGGAAAUCCUGGACCGUCUUGAUAAGUUCAAAUGCGUGAGUAAGUUUGAUGCUACCAAUACUUCUGUUUGCAAAUGGUCACCUGGCGGGGAAUUUAUCAUGACAGCUACCACUUCUCCAAGAUUGAGAGUGGAUAACGGUGUUAAAAUAUGGCAUGUAUCAGGCUCUCUAGUUUUCGUUAAAGAAUUUAAGGAGCUACUGAAAGUCGACUGGAGGUCAUCAUGUAAUUAUAAGACUUUGGAAAGCAAGGAUGAAACGCUGUUCGAGGACCAUGUCAUUAACAAUUGGGAACCUCUACCUGAAUCCAACACAUCCUCACUAGAUCCUAAGAUAUACAAUAAAUCCGAGUUGCAAAUACAUUCUAGUGUCCAAGAGUACAUAAGCCAACACCCAAGCAGAGAAGCAAUUUCCAACGGAAACGGAUCAAAGGCCAAAUCCGGUGGCGCAUAUAAACCACCUCACGCAAGAAGAACCGGUGGUGGGCGUAUUGUUCCAGGGGUUCCUCCUGGUGCCACUAAGAGGGCCAUUCCAGGGCUAGUACCAGGAAUGACUGCUAAUAAGGACGCCAACACAAAAAACAGAAGAAGAAGAGCCAAUAAGAAGGCAGGUGAAACAUCGCCUGACAACACAUCAGCACCACCUGCUUCUGCUGUCACAAAUGGUGCAGCACCUAAUAAGGAAACUUCUCCAGAAGAAAAGAAAAUAAGAUCCCUAUUGAAGAAAUUAAGGGCUAUUGAAACCUUAAAAGAAAGACAAGCUGUUGGUGACAAAUUAGAAGAUACGCAGAUACUAAAAAUCCAAACUGAAGACAAGGUUUUGAAAGAUUUGGAAAAUUUGGGUUGGAAGGAUGAAUAA